AUGGGCGACUUUAAUGCUAAGGUUGGCAAUGACCACAGAGGAUAUGAAGAGGUCAUGGGAAAACAUGGACUAGAAACUCUUCAGAAGGUCAAGGAAAGAAGAGAGAAGAAAGCAGGCGUAAACAAGAGUAAAACAAGAGCAGCAAAAGGAAAAACACAAAAAGAAUAUGCUGAAAUAGAUAAGAAUGUCAAGCGUAGCAUUAGAACAGACAGGCGUAACUACAUUGAAGCACUGGCAGAAGAAGCAGCCCUUAAGAACAGUACCAAACGACCUGUCAUCAAAAAGAUAUCUGGAAAAUUUGCCAAGUCAGAGAGACCAGUAAAGGACAAAAAUGGUGACGUGAUAACAGAUGAAGAAGGAUACAAGAAGAGAUGGAUUGAACAUUUCCAGGAGCUUCUUAACAAACCUACUCUUUCAAACCCACCGGAGAUACCGCCAGCUGCAAGAGACCUACCUAUCAAGUGCAGUGCACCCACCAAGGAAGAGAUUCGCAGCGCAAUCAAGCAAUUGAAGAAUGGUAAAUUUGCAGGACGUGACAGCAUCCCAUUUGAAGCACUAAAGACAGACAUUGAUACCAGUGUGAAAUUACACUACCCUCUCUUCUGCAAGAGAGGGGAAAAGGAAGAAGUGCCACCAGAGUGGAAGGAGGGCUACCUCAUCAAACUCCCAAAGAAAGGUGAUAUUAGUUCCUGCUCCAACUAG